AUGAGUUCGAGCAAGCUGAACAUGAGGAAUACCGUACCUGGGAAAUCCAACCAUAAGCCCGCCGUUUACCGCCGCUUGGUGUGCAUCGGUCGAAUCGGCAGCGGUCCUUUUCCAUGGCGAGCCCCCAUCAUUCUGAUUCGGCAAUACGCGCUCAUUCCUGGAGAUACCGAGCAUGCCAAGAGAGCAAAAGCACAACACCCAAGUGUAGCUUAGACUAAAGUCCGCACCCAAGUCCUCAACAUACCCGUCUUGUUAUUUUCUACCCCUUUCUUUCUCUCUCACUCUCUCUAGCUAUCAAUGGAAAAGGUACCCAAAUAUGAAACCAGAACCAGAUUGGUAAUCUGCAUCAGAUCGGUA